CUAGUUAUUUAUAGUGAUAUAUAUACGACAACGUCACGACCACACAAGAAAUUUGAGUCUGACAAAGAAUAGAGUAUUAAACCGUAGUGAUACAUAGGAACUAAAAACUUUAAGGUAGAGCACAGGUAUAGAAUAAUGUCAACGCCUGUCUUUUGUGACCCAUGCUGUUAUGAUAAUAAAACAGUUCAAGCUAAUACGUGGUGUGUUGAAUGCGAGGAAGGAUUUUGUCAAGACUGCCAAAAGGUUCACAAGGCGACAAAAAUUUCUCGAGGUCAUAAUCUAAUUACGAUAGAUGAUUACCGUAAUACACAACAUGUAACUGUUGACCAAAUUUGUAAUCAGCACAACAAAAAAUUUGAUUGGUUUUGCAAAAGUCACGAUGAACCACUUUGCAAAGCAUGCGUGUCUUCUGAGCAUAAGAUAUGCCCGGAUGUUGUGCCUCUGGAGGAUGUUGCAAUUAAUGCAAAACACUCAACGGUAACAGAUGACCUUGGAGAUACCAUAAAUAGAUCAUUACAAAAUAUAGAACAUUUUAUUCGUGACCGACAUUCAGUAUCUGAUUCAAUCCAGGCCAAAAGACGUGAAAUCGAGAAAAACAUUAAGGCCACCAGAGAGAAAGUCGUCCUCUACCUUGAUGAGUUACAACAAAGGUUAUUACAAGAAUUGUCAUCAAUGGCUGACGAUUGUUUGUCAGAAAGCAGCAAACAUUUGGAAUGUUUUGAACAUUCAAAGAAAACGCUGACAAAGCUGAAAGAACAGACCUUAAAGUUAAAAGAUUUUGCUUCUGACCUACACAUCUUUCUCGGCACGCGAAAAUUAUAUAAAGACGUCAAUAAAGAGAUCGAGUUUAUAAAGUUAGCAACUGACCGUUCUAGGAGUUACCAUAUCGAACUUGAUUUACAUCCGAUUAUUGAUAAUCUUUCCGAACAAAUUGAUCAAUUGGGUAAAAUCAAACUUGAAAAACGUGAAUCUGGUUUACUGUCAUAUGAUACAAAAAUAGGACAAGCACAAAUACAGAGAAAACAGAUAAAAGAGAGGCCUAUUCAGGAUAUAGUUCUUAAAUUAGACAAACAACUGAACCUUCAAAAGCAUAAUGGUGUCAUAUGUGUUUAUGGGUGCGUGAUUUUACCAGACGGACACAUACUGAUAGCAAAUUAUCACACAGAAAUUAAUCAUAUACAACAAUACAACAAUAACGGCAUGCAUAUCCGUAACAUCAGUACAUCUUAUCCUUCUUUUGAUUUAGAGUUUUUUGGAUCAGAUGGCGUGGCUGUAUCCUGUGGAUAUCAGAAUCAUAUCGAUCUCAUAAAACCUGGUUAUGCUAAGAAUUCUUUAAAGCUUGGAUUCGAAUGCGAUGGCUGUCUUGGCUUAGCGUACAAUGAUGGAAAGUUUUAUGUUGCGGGAGGCACUAAGAACAUAAUGGUAAUUGAUCGGUCGGGAAAACGAGUAGGAGAAGUGAAAUUCAACGGAAACACAAAGAAUAUAGCGACCUCAGGUAAACGGAUAUACUACACAAAUGCAUCCAUGCAUACUAUACACUGUUGCGCCAUGGACGGCACUGAGAUAUGGACGUUUAAUGAUGAUUCCAUACGUUAUCCGACAGCUUUAUCCCUUGACAAUGAUCAAAACGUAUUUGUUGUUGGACGUAAUUCAAACAAUCUAGUGCUCAUUCAACAUGACGGAAAGGCAAGCAAGAUUCUACUUAAAAAAGAUGAUGGGCUCUCUAACCCCAAUGCUGUAUACUAUAGCAAGGAAAACAACUCUCUUUUAGUGUGUAAUAAAACUAGUGGCUAUGCUGCUCUGUACAAUGUAACGUAGUUGAGACAAAUAAUUAACUGUGUUAGCCAUAAAGAUUACCUAUAUGGGGUUUUUUUGUUAUCCAGUUUUGCAAUGUGACAAAGAUAGUCGAAAUAAAAUGAUACUGAUUGGUGCUUGAAAUUGUAAGUGCUUCUGUAUAUAGAAUUAUUUUUUUUGUCUUCCAUAUUCAAUAAUAUUCAAUAUCAUGCUUGUUUUAUAUAAUUCAUCAUGUAUACAAUAAGGUACAUAUUUGUAGUCAUUUUGAUAUAUCAUUCCACAUAUAAGAAAUAAAGCUUAGUACUUUGACCGUUUUUGGUAUUUGCAUUUUCUUACAAUAGUGAAACAAAUUAUUUAAUUCUAAUUUUCAAUUAUAUGUUAAAACCAUAAGCUAUAGAACAAGGUAGACAUGAAAAUCAACCGAUACGAGGGAAAUGGGUUGUGUAAAAUUUGUAAUACAAAUGAAAUACAAGAUGAAUUCCAUUUUGUACCAGUUUGUCCAAUUUUGGCUGAUAUAAGGAGAAUUUUGUUACCAUUAUGGUGUCAAAGUAAUCAGAGACACAUUGAUAAGUCUUUUUAGAACAAAACAAAUAAUUACUUAAAUAAAAAAUCUUGUUGUAUUUUGAAAAAGGCUAAAUGCUGUGGAGAAGAAGUUUUGUCGGACUUAAAUGAAAAUGAAUAUACUUGAUUUAUAAAAAAAAAUUAUUACAAUUAGCACAAACGUUUUGAAAAUUAAUGAAUAUAUAUGUAUAUUCAUGUGUAAUAUGUUUGUAUUGUAAUGUUUAAUAUAUGUAAAUACAUGUGUAAUAUGUUUGUGUUGUAUUGUUUAAUA